AUGGCAUUAAAGACGUGCGAGGAGCAGAGAUUCUGGGUUCUUGCUCAGUGGAAAUUCACCUUCCCCGCGCUCGGCUGCGACGUGGUUUAUUUUUGUCCGGGCUGCGUGGGAGAGCGGCCUCUGCCGCCCGCCCGCCCGCACCUUCGCCCGUCUCCGCUCCCGCUGCGGCUGUCCGUCGUGGGUGCGGCCGAGGCCUCGGACUCGGACGAUGAGGACCGGCUGCUCAUCGCCGAGGAGGAGCCGUCGCCGCCGGCAACGCCGACCGGGGGCGACGGUGCCGCCAGCGCCGACGAUGGGGACGGCGUGACGCACGGAGACAAGGACGCGGAGGCUGGAGCCGCUGCGUCGCACUCAGACGAGGCCAGCGGCACGGACGGCAAGACGCAAGACGGCCUCUCGGAGCUGCUGGGCCGCAGCGACACGGCCGUGGUGUACCCCGAGGACCCCGAGGACACGCCGCCCCGGCGCGGCACCGCCGCCGCCACCGCCGCCGCCGUGCAGCAGAGGCAGAACGGCCUGGUGUCGGAGCUGGGUGAGAGCUUCCCGCGGCUGCUGCCGUGCCCGUACUGCGAGCGUGGCUACAAGCGGCUGGCGUCGCUCAAGGACCACAUCCGGCACCGUCACCACGGCGACGACGACGACGACGACGACGACGGCGGCUUCGCCUGCUCGCAGUGCUCCUCGGGGUUCCCCACGCGCGGACAGCUGGAGCGACACUCGGCCUCGCACCGCGCCGCCACGCCCUCGCAGGUGGCAGUGGCAGUGAGGCGGUGUCGCGGGGGGUCGGGGGUCACGGGUUGUUGGUCGUGCCACGCCCUCGCAGGUGGCAGUGAGGCGGUGUCGCUGUGGGGGUCGGGGGUCACAGGUUGUUGGUCGUGCCACGCCCUCGCAGGUGGCAGUGAGGUGGUGUCGCGGGGGGUCGGAGGUCACGGGAUUGUAGGUCGUGCCACGCCCUCGCAGGUGGCAGUGGCAGUGAGGUGGUGUCGCGGGGGGGUCGGGGGUCACGGAGUUGUGGGUCGUGCCACGCCCUCGCAGAAGCAGAGCGGCAGCCGCAAGUUCAGCUGCACGGAGUGCGGCAAGGCCUUCAAGUACAAGCACCACCUCAAGGAACACUUCCGCAUCCACAGCGGCGAGAAGCCCUACGAAUGUCCGCACUGCAAGAAGCGCUUCUCUCACUCCGGCUCCUACAGCUCACACAUCAGCAGCAUGAAGUGCGUCGGUCAGACCGUGACAAACGGCCGCGCCCGCCCCGACACCGUCACCGCCGCCGUCACCGCCACCACCACCACCACCACCACCACCUCAACCACCUCAACCACCGCCUGCGGCGUCGCCGACAACGGCGCCGCCGCCGCCAUCCAAGUUGCACACAACGGUGUCGCGCCAGCGCCCGUCGCCUCGGCGCUCUCCAUCGCCCCGGCGUCCGUCGUGUCCGCGCUGACGCCAAAACCUCCGGCCGUCGCCGGCAACGCGACGCCGGCGCCGCCGCCACCGCCGCUUCUCAAAUCGCCGCCGCCGCCGAAGCUCCAGCCACCCCGGCAGCCGCCGCCGGCGCCGCCGAGCCUGCGCGUGGUGUGGCCGGCACCCGGCGGCGGCGGCGGCGCGGCGGGGCAGCCCGGCGCGUUCUGCCGGCAGAUGGCGCCGAUAACCGUCUCGGUGGCGUCGGUGGUGUCGGCCCCUUCGGCGGGAAAUCGGUUUCCCCCGCCGGUGCUGGCGCUGCCGGCGCCGCUGCCCGUAAUGUCGCGCGCCCCAACGCUGCCCCCGCUGCCCUCGGCGUCGCAGCCGAUGCAGCAGCAGCAGCAGCAGGUGUCCACCAUCAGCAUCCAGGCGCUGCCCAUGAGCGCGGCGGGCGCCGGCUUGAGCUCGCCGCACCCCGUCACCGUCACCACCCACACCAUACCGAUGCACCCGCACUCCCAGCUCACCUUCUCGCUGCCAUUCAAGUUCCAGGACGUGCCCGGCGGCGCUGGCGGCGCUGGCGGCGCUGGCGGCGGCGCGAAGCUGCUCCCCGAGGUGCUGAAGCUGGACGGCUGCCUGCUGCUGCCGCAGGACCUGGUGGGCAACCUCGUCGGCCUGCCCGGCCCCUUCCUGGCCGGCGCCGGCGGUGCCGCCGUACAGGUGCCGCAGGGCCUGCUCGUCGACCCGGGCCUGCUGGGCCUGCGCGGCCUGUUCGGGCGCGAGUUCGACGGCGCCCACGAGGUCGUCAGGAUGGUGACGCUCCCGCAGCAGCAGCCGGCGCCGCCGCCGCCGCCGCUGCAGCCCCGACCGGCGCCGCUCGACGAGGUCGCUCUGCGGGUGCUGGCGGCGCCCGUCCCGCAGCCGGCGCCGGGAGGCGGCUCCGCCGGCGCGCCCCCGGGGCUCCGGCGCGGUCCGGGCGAGGAGGAGAUGGCGCCGCCGCCUCCACCGCCGCCGCCGCCGCCGCUGGUGCUCAAGCCGGACUCGGAUCCGGAGCGGCGCUCGAAGGGCGGCGCCGGCGACUCGCCCGGCCGGCCGAGGACUAAGGACGCCGGUACCGGGGGCGCGGCGCCGGUACCGGCAGCGGCGCCGGUCGAGCGUGAGGGCGGCCCCGACCGAAGCAUCUCGGACCUGGUGGGCCUCAUCAAGGACCUGCUGGCGGUGCUCAAGGCGCUCAACUCGAAGCUGAGCGGCGAGGACGUGUCCAAGCUGGUGCCCUUCCCCGCGCACUUCCUCAACAACGGCGGCGGCAACGGCGGCACCGGCUGGACGGAGGUGCACAAGCUGUCGAGCUUCAUCGCGCGGCUGCUGGAGCAGGUGCGCGCCGACUCGGCCGGCGAGCCCGCCGGCGCCGCGCCGGCGGGCUGUUGCUGCGAGGCCUCGGCCCGCGCCGUCGCCGGCAGCUGCGCCAUCGAGGGCUGCGCCAAGCCCGUGGCGCCGGCGCAGCCCGAGCGGCGGGACGGCUUCAAGAGGCUCCUGGCGGAGCUGGACGCGGCGGGCGCCGUCGUCGGCGAAGGAGACGGCGCCGGCGGCGACGCGGGUGAGCAGCCGCUGGACCUCACCGUGCCGCGUGUCAAGCGGAUGAAGUUGGAGCCGGAGUUACCGCGGGACGGCGGCGGCGGCGGCGCCGACGACGUGGAGACGGUGCCCGACGACGGCGAAGAGGCCGGCGCCGUCGACCGGAGCUUCGCGGCGCCGGCAGAGGAGCCCGCCGACGCCGCCGAGACGGAGGCGGCGCCGCCAAACGACCACCGGCCGGUGCCGCCGCCGCCCGCCACCGCCACCGGCGCCGUGGUGUCAAUCGCCGAGCCGACGGGCUUCAACCUCACGCUGCUGGAGUCGACGCCGCUCAUCGUGACGUUCCUGCCGGGGCCGGGCACCUUCGUGGAGGGCGUGACGGCGCUGCCGCGGCCCAGCGUGCCGCAGGGCGUGGCGGCGGUGACCUACGGCUGCGCGCCGGCGCUCACCGCCGGCAGCUGCCGGCCCGCGACGGAACCGGCAGGAUUUGACGUCGAGGCCGAGGAUGGAGCGGCCUCCGGACCGGACGAGCUCACGGACUCGGACUCGGGCGGUGGACCUCGCCUGCUGGGGCGACUGGGCGCCCUCGGAGGGGGUGGCGGAGGUGGGGCCCUGCAACUGGCGGGCGCCGUGGGGGGCGCCGUGGUGGGGGGCCUGGUGGGGGGCCUGGUGGGGGGGGUGGUGGGAGGCGAGGGGCACGGGUUCCCGUGCGAUCUGUGCGACAAAACCUUCCAGAAGAGCAGCUCGCUGCUGAGACACAAGUACGAGCACACAGGUAAGCGGCCGCACGAGUGCCAGGUGUGCGCCAAGGCCUUCAAGCACAAGCACCACCUGAUCGAGCACUCGCGGCUGCACUCGGGCGAGAAGCCCUACCGCUGCGACCGCUGCGGCAAGCGCUUCUCGCACUCGGGCUCCUACUCGCAGCACAUGAACCACCGCUACUCCUACUGCAACCGCGACGGCGCCGGCGGCCUCAUCGCCGACGCCGCGGCCGCCGUGGCCGCGGGCGCCGGCGACGCCGACGGCGGCGGCGCCGUGGGGACGCCGCAGAACCUCGCCGGGCCCGGCGACGUGGCCGUGAUGCUCCUGCACAACGGGGCCGGACUGGGUAACGAGGUGGAUGACGAAGAGGAUGUGGAGGUGAAGAGCGAAGAGGCGGCGAGGGACGAGGUGGGCGGGGAGGCGAGCGGUGGGGUCGAGCCGUCGUCGUGGGCGACGGGGGUGGGAGGAGCGGUGGUGCCCUGGAUGGGGGAGGGCGCCUGGAACGUCGGACAGGGGGAGGCGGCGGUUGGUGAGGCUGAUGGCGGAGGAGGAGGAGGAGGAGACGGAGGAGGAGGAGGAGUGCAGGGAGAAGCGUCGCUGGAGCUGGGAGAUGAGGAACGCGCACUUGGAGUGGAGCGGGGACUGCAGCAGCCGGGAGAAGCUCUCGGCGGCAUCGUCGCCCACGGCGGCGGCGGCGGGGACAUCGACGCGGGCGACGACGACGACACCGACUUCAUCAAGCUCCUCCUCACCGCCGCGGCCGCCACCGCCGCCUCGGAGCACCCGGCCACCCGGGGGGAGCACCAUGACCAGGAGGAGGAGGAGGGGCAGGAGGAGGAGGAGGAGGGUGUCCUCGUAGUCAUCGAAGAGGAGGAGGAACUGGAAGAGGCGAUCGAUAUCCAGUAG